ACCUCAGUUUUAUCCAAUGAAGUUCCUCUGCUGACCUCCUCAAAUUACUGAUCACUGGGAAUUUCACUUGCGCUUUAUGCAGCAUUUUAUUAUUUUGCUUCUUGUUCUCUGGGGAAAUGUUUGAAAAGAUCUUAUUCCUGCUCUGUUUGUCAUCUGCUUUGGCAGAACAGCUCUGUACACCAGAUUCUUCAGAUGGCUACAAAGUUCGACUCAGCAUCAAAAGCGCUCUGGGAGAUCAAGCAUAUGUUUGGAAUGAAAAUGAAAUGUACCUUUUCCGAGCAACUCUGGCUUUUGCCAUGAGGAGUCACUUCAGCGGCCAGGAAUUUGAUGUGUCAAACAUCAUUGUAUGUGAUGAGACUCCCAGAGUGUCGUUCUGGUUCGUGGUGACGUCACCGCUGAACACGUCACGCCUUGUUGAUAUAGAAAAUGUGGAGAAGGCUGUAAGAAAGUCCAGGAAUCGCAUCAACAGUGCAUUUCUGCUAACUGAUAAAACUCUGGAGUUUAUCGGCAUCGCUCCCACCCUGGCAGCACCAGCCAGCCCUGGCACCCCUCCGUGGCUCAUUGUGUUUGGGGUGGUCAUGGGUGCUGUGGGUGCCGGCAUCAUCGUUCUGCUUGUGUCCUCUCUGGUCCAAAAUAAACGCAAAAAGAACGAGAAAAGUGAUGAUGAGGACAAUGAAGAAGAGACGCGGGUGAAAACGGUGGAAAAUGGCACUGCAAGUGAGGGUGUUUACAACAUGUCAUUCUCAGAUGAUGAGCGUUUCACACAGAUGUAAACCCCUUCUAUAAAGACUCUACCAUGUCAGCAAUAAGAAGGUAAAAACGUUAUUAAGCUGCUCCAGACAGACUUUUGUUGCACUGUAAUAUUUAAUCUGCAAAAUCAUUUUUAAGUUGAAGUUUAUCAUAAGUUUGUAUGAUUUAAUACAGUUUCAUGAUUUUUUUUCUUUUGGAGAGGUCAUUUGCUGAACAUUUCUAUACUGUCAUUACCUGCUGCCUCAAAAAGAAACAAGCAUGUGCAAUUUGUUAAUGCCAGUACAUUCAUAUUGAAUUCCAAAUGAAUGUAUAUUUUCUGUAUGUUUUCUGUGUUGAGGACUGAUGAAUUAAAGAUCUCUGUGUGAGAGGG